AUGAUACAAGGUUUUUGUGGUAUGACAUUUGGGUUAGUUAUUUCAACAAUUUUCACAACAGAAAUCAAUGCUCAUCAAAUUACAAUGUCUAUUUUCUAUCCUGUAUUACUUCUAAGCGGUAUUGUAUGGCCACUCGAAGGACAACCGAUAUGGCUGCGAACCAUAUCAAAAUGGUUACCAAUGACAAAAGCUAUUGAUGCUAUGCGUGGCAUACUUUUAAAAGGAUGGUGUAUUAAGCAUUUACUUGUACAACAAGCGUUUAUGGUUACAUUUAUUUGGUCUAUGGGUUUUCUCAUCUUAGCACUUAUUAUUUUUAACUGUCGUCGUGUAUAA